AUUCCCAAAAUCGAAAUGCAAAACAUAGAGAACGCAAACGCAGACGCUUUUCUCGAGAGCUACGUCUCCGACCUCACUACGAUCCCGUUAGACACCUCCAAGCCAUUAUGGGAAGUUUAUUUACUCGACUUAAAAACGUCUGACGCUGAAAACGUCGCCAUUUUGAGGAUCCAUCACUCGGUAGGGGAUGGUAUGUCUAUGAUGUCUCUAGUACUAGCAUGUACGCGUAAAACAUCGGACCCCAAUGAGCUCCCGAGUCUACCGUACAACAACCGGCUGGCUUCUGAAUCAUCUCCGUUAAAAACCAGUUCAAGAUGUUGUCCCCGGUUGUUUUGGCUAGUUAUGGUUCUAUGGUCGGUGGUUGUGUUGGUUUCGAAUACGGUUUGUGAUGCUUUGGAGUUUAUCGCUACGGCAUUGUUCCUUAAGGACUCUGAAACACCGAUCAAAGGCGAUUUCCGGUUGAAAAAGAGCAAACAGAUGCGUUUGGUUCAUCGUACCGUAAGUCUUGACGACAUAAAGCUAAUCAAGAACGCCAUGAAGAUGACUGUUAACGAUGUCGUACUGGGAGUAUCUCAGGCUGGCCUCUCGCAGUAUUUGAAGAGAAGAUUCAGGGAGAAGAAGAAAGCAGGGGAACAAGAAGUAUCUAAAAGUGUAAUGCCUAAUGGAAUAAGGCUAAGGGGAGCUCUGCUUGUAAACAUAAGACCGACUUCUGGUAUCCAGGAGAUAGCUGAUAUGAUGGCUACAGGAUCUAAAUGUAGAUGGGGAAAUUGGAUCGGCUACAUUAUCUUUCCGUUCUCUGUUGCAUUAUGCGAUGAUCCGUUAGAACAUCUCCGAAGAGCCAAGUCGAUCAUUGAUAGGAAGAAGAACUCGUUAGAAGCUGUUCUUACAUUCGUCGUUGGGAAAAUACUUCUCAAGUUGCUUGGGGUUCAGGUCAGUCUUNNNNCGCGUAAAACAUCGGACCCCAAUGAGCUCCCGAGUCUACCGUACAACAACCGGCUGGCUUCUGAAUCAUCUCCGUUAAAAACCAGUUCAAGAUGUUGUCCCCGGUUGUUUUGGCUAGUUAUGGUUCUAUGGUCGGUGGUUGUGUUGGUUUCGAAUACGGUUUGUGAUGCUUUGGAGUUUAUCGCUACGGCAUUGUUCCUUAAGGACUCUGAAACACCGAUCAAAGGCGAUUUCCGGUUGAAUAAGAGCAAACAGAUUCGUUUGGUUCAUCGUACCGUAAGUCUUGACGACAUAAAGCUAAUCAAGAACGCCAUGAAGAUGACUGUUAACGAUGUCGUACUGGGAGUAUCUCAGGCUGGCCUCUCGCAGUAUUUGAAGAGAAGAUUCAGGGAGAAGAAGAAAGCAGGGGAACAAGAAGUAUCUAAAAGUGUAAUGCCUAAUGGAAUAAGGCUAAGGGGAGCUCUGCUUGUAAACAUAAGACCGACUUCUGGUAUCCAGGAGAUAGCUGAUAUGAUGGCUACAGGAUCUAAAUGUAGAUGGGGAAAUUGGAUCGGCUACAUUAUCUUUCCGUUCUCUAUUGCAUUAUGCGAUGAUCCGUUAGAACAUCUCCGAAGAGCCAAGUCGAUCAUUGAUAGGAAGAAGAACUCGUUAGAAGCUGUUCUUACAUUCGUCGUUGGGAAAAUACUUCUCAAGUUGCUUGGGGUUCAGAGGACAGCUCAUGUGAUUAACAGAGCAUUGUCAAACACAACGAUGUCGUUUUCAAAUUUGGUUGGUCCUAUUGAAGAAAUUAGCUUCUAUGGACAUACCGUUACUUACAUGGCCCCAAGUGUUUAUGGUCACCCCCACGCGUUGACGAUGCAUUUUCAAAGUUAUAUGAACAAGAUGACGAUUUCUUUAGCUGUCGAUCCAACUGUUAUUAGUGAUCCUCAUACACUAUGUGAUGAUCUGGAGGAAUCUCUAAGAAGUAUUAAAGCUGCUGUCCAAGAAAGAGGUUUGACUCAGUAG